UGCCACCCCUUAUUCAAGGUGACGUGAUGCUUUACGGGCUCCCUUCGCUCCCCACCUCCGCUCCUCCGGCAUCUUUCUGACCGUCUCUGCACACCGCUCUCACCCCCGAUUAGCUGCCAACCAGCUCUAACGGACUAGUAAAGAUGUCCAGCGGCGUUGGCGGAGGGGAGCUCGGCAGCCCCCUGCGGAAAUUCAAGCUGGUCUUCCUGGGCGAGCAGAGCGUGGGGAAGACCUCUCUGAUCACCAGGUUUAUGUAUGACAGCUUUGACAACACGUAUCAGGCCACCAUUGGCAUAGACUUCCUCUCCAAAACCAUGUACCUGGAGGAUCGUACGGUGCGGCUCCAGCUGUGGGACACGGCCGGCCAGGAGCGUUUCCGCAGCCUCAUCCCCAGCUACAUCCGCGACUCUACCAUCGCUGUGGUGGUCUAUGACAUCACCAACCUCAAUUCCUUCCAGCAGACCUCCAAGUGGAUUGAUGACGUCAGAACGGAGAGGGGCAGUGAUGUCAUCAUCAUGCUGGUUGGGAAUAAGACCGACCUGGCGGACAAGAGGCAGAUCACCACAGAAGAGGGUGAACAGAGAGCUAAGGAGCUAAACGUCAUGUUCAUUGAAACCAGCGCAAAGACUGGCUACAAUGUCAAGCAGCUCUUCCGCCGUGUGGCUGCAGCCCUGCCUGGGAUGGACAGCACCCCCGAGAAGAGCAAAGACGACAUGAUUGAUAUCAAACUGGAGAAGACCCCUGAGCAGCCAAUCACAGAGGGCAGUUGUUCAUGCUAAUGCUCACCACACCCCCCCCCCCCCCCCAGGAGCUUGUCUCUCAGUGGAUGACAAAGCUCCGUUGGCCGGGGCAAAUUUGAAGCCAGCUGUUUCCUGUCGAGUCAGUGAUUUUUGGAGCAAUUGUGUGUGCAAUUACUAUUAAACAUUUUAAAUGCAAAAAGGUUAUGGUGAUGUUAAAAAAGAGAGAGAGAAGAGACUCCACAAGAUGGAGAUACGGUGAGAGUUUCAUGGCCUUUAUUGGGUCUCGCAGCUGCUCUUACUAAACCAUUUUCCUGUCUAUUUUUGUCUGCAGAUUUGGCACUGUCGCACAUAAUGUGGGGAAAUCACAUCGCUAGGGCUCCACCUCAACGUAUGUCCCAGUGCUCCCAGACUUUAUCUAGGCACGCCUCUAACCUGAGAUGUCUUUUAGUGAUUAAUGUGAUACACUAUAUUCAGGGUUAAAUAGUUUCUUGCUUUUUAGUGGUUCGUUUUAUUUCGGAUUAUAAAGGAGUGUUUCCUUUAUUCACCGCUGUGAUGGUUUGCCAGGCUUUGUACGCCUGAUUAAAUUACCAAGACCGCCGCUCUUGCCCAAGGUCCUCUACAGUCUGAACCAUUUUAAACAGUUCAGUGCGAGCAGCCAGCCUGACCGCGAGCUACGCAAACUUCUGUAUGCCAAUACCUGAUUUUCCAGACUAUUACAACUAAAGCUGUGUUUAAAUUUCAUGAAUACUCUGGGAAUGAGUCCCACUAGUGACCCUAUUGCUAUUAUGGUCUGUGUAUACCAAAUCCUCGCAACUCUACACUACGAAAAUGCUAAAUAAGGUCCCCGUGUGUUGAGGUCCUGUCACCAUGGCGAUGAGAUUAUUUGCCCCGUUCGUCGUUUGCCAUCAUAUGCAUGCGUUACAGCAUAGGUGCUCAUCGAUUGCGUGAAGCUGGGGAUGAGCCUGUUAGAGACUCCUCUGUGUAAAACGACACUCCUGUAAACCCGUCACAGACUGAACAUUGAGCUUAAUAGUGUCUGAAAGGGUUUGGUUCUGAAAUAUGUCUGUUGGUGUUUACUAAUGUUUCUGUGAAUAAUGUGUUAUCGCUAGUGAAACCGGGAUUAUUAAUGAAAACAUGGUACAUAUAAGAUGAAAUAAAGUUUCGACAAAUGGCA